GGCGGCAGCACCUCUGCCAUUGACGCGAACUGCGAGAUUGGCGACACCCGGCGGCUACCUUCGUUACCUGCCCGCCAUGAAUCCAGCGGGCUAGCGAAGGACAACGCUGGCUAGUUCCACGUCGCGUAUGAGGGUCUCGUCGUGAUACCUGUGCUCCCUCGCCGGCUGUUUAAAAAGCACGCCGUUCCCGCUCCACGUUAAAGUUCACCUAAAGAAAUGGCCGUGAAAGCGCAACAAGCAGCUUGCCUACUGCUCCUUAUUUUGCAAGGAGUUGUCGGUCCGCCAGUAGACAAGAGGAAAAAGCCAGAAGAGCCAGCCAAGCAGAACACCGUUGAAGAGCCUCCCGAUUUCGGCUUGGAGUAUAGUCGCUAUCUUCAGGAAGUAGUUCAAACACUUGAGGGUGAUCCAGACUUCUCUUCUAAGCUGAAGGCUGUAAACAUCGAUGACAUAAGGUCUGGCAACGUGGCUCACGAACUUGAGUUUGUAAAACACGAUGUCCGAAACCGCUUGGAUGAGCUCAAGAGGAUUGAAUUGGACAGGUUGCGAAAACUCACUGUGCAGGCCAAGGAGAGAGAACUUGCAGGCCUGGACCGUAACAGCAUCAAGAUGCCCCACCAUAUUGAUUACCAGAACCCACACACCUUUGAAAUUGAAGACCUGAAGAAGCUGAUUGUCACCGCUACGAAGGACUUGGAGGCGUUGGACGAACAGCGCAAGGCUGAAUUCAAGGAGUACGAGAUGCGCAAGGAGCUUGAGUACCGAAAGAGCCUGGAGAACAUGACGGCUGAGGAGCGGGUCAAAGUGGAGCAGCAGCACAACGAGACCAUCAAACACCACAAGGAACACCCUGCCGUUCACGAGCCGGGCAGCAAGCCACAACUGCAGGAAGUGUGGCAAGAGCAAGAUCACAUGGAUCCCGAGGACUUCAAUCCCAACACUUUCUUCGCCAUGCACGACCUUAAUGGAGAUGGAUACCUUGAUCCGGAUGAAAUCGCGGCUGUUCUGAACUUGGAGGUGAAGAAAAUGUACAGGCCUGAUGACAAUGGCACCGACCCGGUAGAGAAAAACGAAGAGGUAGAGCGCAUGCGGGAACAUGUUCUUCAGGAGGGAGACUCGAACAAGGAUGGCCUGUUAAGCCACCAGGAGUUUCUCGACAUGACCCACCGGCGUGAUUUUGAGAAGGAUGAAGGAUGGAAGGGCCUGGAUGAACAGCAGGUGUACUCCGAGGACGAUUUGCGCCAGUUCCAGCAGCAGCACCCAGAUCUUCAGCUGCAGUACCCGUACCAGCAGUACCACGGCGGUCCUAUGCCCCCUCAGUACCAGGGGCAGCCCCAGUACCAGCACAUGCCACCACAGGGGGCCCAGUACCAAGGUGUUCCUAGCCACCAAGGAGUACCACCGCAGCAGCACCAGGGUCAGUUCCAACCGCAUCAAGGCCAGCCACAGCAUCAGCAAGGUCAGUUCCAGCAGCAGCAAGGCCAGUACCAGCCUCAGCAGGGUCAAUUCCAGCAGCAGCAAGGCCAGUACCACCCUCAGCAAGGUCAAUUACAGCCACAAGGUGGACACCCACAGCAGCAGCAGCAGUUCCAUCCAGCUAGUGGUGGUGUGCCUCAGAUGGAUCAUGCCGCAGCGCAGCAGUAUGCAGCCCAGCAUCAUGCAGCCCAGCAGCAGAUUGUUCAGCAGCAAAUGGCCCAUCAUCAAAUGGCCCAACAGCAAAUGGCUCAACAACAGCAGCAGUUUGCUGCUCAGCCGCAUGGGGUACAGCAACAGGUUGCACAGCCGCAUCAUGUUGCUACGGGUCAGCAGCAACCAGUGGUUCAGCAACAGGUUCAUCAUGUGCCACAGCAAGCUGGUGUGCAACCAGCGUCCCAGGUGGCUUCCGGCAUUGUCGUGCCUCAGGGCUCCAGUCAGCAGCAGCAUCAACAAGCACAAGUUCCAACAGCUGGAGCGCAAGCAGCUGCACCAGGAGGUGUAGAACACGGUGCACAGGCCCCAAUUCACCACUGAGCUUUCUGUGGUUAGAAAAACUCAAGGACUGCCUACUUGUGAAUCGAAAACCAUCACUCACUGUUGUUGUUGUUGCUGAUGUCUGUGCAGUCACCCUCAGACAUGGGUUGUGGUUGUAGGUGUUAUUGGGGGGGGAUUUAUUUUCCACCACGUGGUCUCAUUACAACAGCACACAACUUGGCAUUGGGUUGUAAGGUUUUCAUUCACUACAGCACGGACAACGCGAUGUAUCUUCCUGCUUCCGAGUUGGGGAGUUGAAUUCCAAUGUAACCCGGGACAAGCUUCAGUCAUCUACAUCUGGAUUUCGAGGUCUGAACAUGGAACACAGAGAACGUGCUGUUUUUACUGUGUUAUGUCUCGUGUCUGUACGACGUGUUGAACGUGGGGUGAACUGAAAGCAACAUCCGGGCUGCACUCUUUUGCAUUCGAAACAGAGGGGAGGCACUGCUGCACUUAUUAUUACUGGGCGGUGGGAGUUGUAUACUGUUGUUCUGUGGUCUCACGAGCGCAUAAGUGACUUUACGAGGGUUUCUCACGAUGCAGGUUUUGCAGAAAUGUGUAUAAAGGUUUUUCUCGAUUCCUCCGAGUAACAGUACUAAUGUGAUUACAUUUCAUUAAAUACGUUCCGCUUCUUUCCUUCCUCUGAUCAUUGUAAAUGGGAUGGCGAUUGUAUAUAUUUCUACUUAUAGGUUAUUUUAAUGCCCUUGGACGACCGUUGUGAUGGCGGUGACUUUGGCACUAACGUUAAUAAGGAUGAGGCCUUCACGCAUGUUUUUUACGCAAGGGAAUGUAAAUAGGAACAGGAAAGUAUUCUUCUUGCACGUGCAUGACGUUCGCAAUGGCUUUUGAAAUGUACAGCUCAGACUUGUGACUGUUGUGCAGCGUUUUAGGCGUAGCGAAUGCAGAUGUCAGUAGUGUUGUGACAAAUUGACUUUGGCACUGUCAACAGCAAUGUCUCUCCUCCUCGAAUUUUAAACAUUAGCAACGAAAAAAAGCGUGGUAUUGCUGGUUUGUAAGAUCGUAACAAUGAAAAGUGUGUUCAAGUAAGUCACAAGAAACGUGUUUGCCUCAUGUGGUUGAAAGGAAUAUGUGAUGAGAUGCCAUAGUGCUAACUUAUUAAAAAUUAUUCUGUUCACUUUGUUAAAAGAAGGCUAACACUGUGCCAUAAUACAGUGGCAUUGGUGUCUAGUCAUAACAAGGUGUGUUAGAAAUACGUUCUGUUAGACAUUUUAAUAUACCCAUCCUUUUUGUCCUGAACACAGCAGGGUAUGAGGCCAGCCAGAUCAAAAUUAGAACUGCUUAGUGUAUUAUUGCCUCUUAAGUUGGUAUGCCAACUCUCAAAUUUAAGUUUUUAAUAAAUGUGUUCUCGCAGCACUG